AAACUAAUGCGCAAUAACAAAAAAGUUUGCAUUCGAAACUUAAAUGUUUUGAUUGUUUGCGACUGUUGUGAGUUCUAUACGCGUUUGUAGAGAAGGUAGUCUAAUGUCGGCUGGAUUAAACGAAUGUAAAUAAUUUUGAUGACAACAAAGUUCUUGAGAACAGUAUUAAAAGGCCAAUAUUAGAUAGCUUGGCUGAAUUGUGGAGUGAAGUGAUUUGAAACCUGUUUUAGACGUGUGUGAAGUGUAAUGUCUGUGAAUUGUGCUUUUCCCACUGCAAUCUUAGGUGUUCAAUUAUAAGGGCCUAAAUGCAUGGCAAUUCGUUGGAACGCAGGGCCCUCGAAAGAGAGGCCCUGCGUAAUGUUAUCAUCCAGUGGAACGCUAACAGAUUAGAUCUUUUCGAGCUGUCGGAGCCAAAUGAGGAGCUCGAGUUCCAUGGCGUCAUGCGCUUCUACUUUCAAGAUUCCGGCCAAAAGGUGGCUACGAAAUGUAUCCGCGUAGCCUCUGACGCUACCGUGGAAGACGUCAUAGGCACCCUUGUAGAAAAGUUUCGACCUGACAUGAGGAUGCUGUCGGUACCCUCUUACGCGCUCUACGAGCUUCACGAAGGCUGCCCAGAAAGGAAGAUGGCGCCCGAAGAGAAACCCCUCUUGGUGCAAUUGAAUUGGCACGUGGACGACAGAGAGGGCAGAUUUCUGCUGAAGAAUGUAGAUGACAAAACGGUUAAUUCGAUAGGCAACAUGGACUCCAACGCCAGUUUCAGGAGGAAACUGUCGAAAAGAGAGAAGAAACAGUUGAAGAAACAGGAGAAAUUAUCAAGAAUGAAGAGCGAAAACGGUGAUAACGAUAAGCAGGAUGGUGUAGCUGAGAAAUUGUACACUGAAUUACCCGAAACGUCCUUUACAAGGUCGAUAUCUAAUCCAGAAGCUGUAAUGAGGAGAAGGCGGCAACAAAAACUGGAGAAGAAACUGCAGCAGUUCAGAUCAAAAGACGGAGGACCAGACACGGGAGGAACCUUGAAGAUAUAUGGAGAGGCACUGUGCAAAGACGUCCCUUACAAGACGCUACUUCUAUCUAUUCGCGAUUGUGCGGGUGCUGUUGUUCGGGAAAUGCUUGACAAAUACGGUUUGAGCAGGGCCGACCCUACUCAGUGGUGUCUUGUGCAAGUGAAUGCCAAUGCUAACGGGACAACAGAAUCGGAAUACGUACUUGACGAUGAUGAGUGUCCUCUUUCCAUCCUGAUGAAUUCUUCUAAUACAGGAUCAAUCAUGUUCCACGUGAGAAGACGUCCAGCAGAUUGUGCACCACGUAAAAGGAAAAAGAAACCUGGGGCUCUGGGAGCUAACAAUAACCCAAGAGAGGCAAGGGAGGGUCAAGCUCCACUUCUGGUGGAGCUUGGACCAGAUGGUUCGACGCCACACCCUGGUGAUACUGCCAGGACCAUCAGGCUGAAUACGGAGGUUAUGGAGGUUGGCUCUGCUAAUGGCAUAGCCCUUCAGCUCUAUGGUCCCCAUAUCCAGCCACGACACUGUGUCAUAACCAACACCGAUGGUGUAACUUCCCUAACUCCUUGUCACGCAGAUGCUCACACGUAUGUCAAUGGUCAAAGGAUACAUCAGACCACAAUUUUGACUCAUGGUAGUUUGGUCAAAUUCGGCAACAGCAAUACCUACAGAUUUUUGGACCCAUCGCAAGAGGAGAGAACAAGACAUGCGGGUGGUAUGCCUGAUUCUAACAGGAUAUAUGACAGCAAAUCUACUAGACCACAAAGUCCUUCUGAAAGUAAUCAGAGAAAUAUCGUUGAGACAACGUUCGAUAUAGAAGGAAACGUUGAGACGAUUUCGUUAGCUAGUGGUGCUAAAGAAGACAGUAGAUCUGUAGGGUCAUCUUCAGAAAACAGAGUAAGCGGUUUAGAUCGUUAUCCAAGGGGUCAGGAUCCCAUUUUACCGGCAGUUUUAGAAUUUCCUGAAGAACCGCAAGAGCAGUUUUUAGCACGAGUGAUUACACAUUUAGAUGUGACAACUCCCACUUUCCGACUAGCUCCUGCAUACACACUGUACCUUUGUGCUAGAUAUAGAGCGUCUACGCAUUAUCGACCUGAACUUACCCCAAUGGAAAGGGCGCAUAAAUUGACUUUGUUGUUGCAACACGCAGCCAUGCUCAUUAGGCACACCAUACAAGAUCGCAGUACUGAAAUCACAUCACAAGCCUUCUGGUUGGCCAACGCCAGCGAGUUGCUUCAUUUUCUCAAAUCUGACAGGCACGUCAGUGCUUUCUCCAUACAAGCUCAAGACACUCUAGCUGAUGCAGUCCAAUUAGCCUUCAAGAACCUCGUUGCUUGUUUGACUGACGAGUUGAAUGGCGCGUUGAGCUACUUCGUAACGAUGGGUGGGGAUGACCAUCCAAGGGAAGUUGUAAAUGUGUUGAGCAAUGCCAUGAAUCUCUUGAGGAAAUGUAGAGUGAAUGCAGCUCUAACAAUCCAGCUGUUUUCUCAUCUGUUUCAUUGGAUAUCGGCGAAGGGAUUGUAUCAUAUCAUCAGCAACAGCAAUCUUUGUACCAGAAACUUUGGACAUCGGAUGUUCAACCGGCUGAGGAAUCUACAAGCAUGGGCGGAGAGUCAGGGCUUAGAGUUGGCUGCGGAAUGUCACUUGGCGAAGAUACUGCAGUGCUCCCAUUUACUCCAAGCCCCGAAAAACUCCCCUGAAGAUCUUGCGAAUUUGUCUGCGGCUUGUUUCAAACUGAACUCUAUGCAGUUAGGUGCUUUACUUAUGCAGUACAAAGCUGAACCAGGAGAGAAAAUUGCUUCUCCCUCACUUCUGGAACAAGCUUCCAAAGCUGCGGAAAGUGUUGCGGAUGAGUUGGCCAGGGCGGAAGGUCGAGAAAUAACUUUAUACGAUGACCCUGCUCCGCCUCUUCAGCUGUUAUUGCCUGAUGAUGGAUUCAGCUGUGAUGUAGUUCAAGGUGUUCCGCCUGGCUUAGCUGAUUUCUUGCAUCCUCUCCAAGCAUCCGGUUUGUGCAGAUUGGCAGCUCAACCCACCAGCUCGGGUCAUUGGACAGUAUACAUGAAUGUGCCAAGACCUCCAAGUGCAUUGAGCAGUUCUCAACCAGAGGUACAGGUCAUUCGUUUGCAUAAAACUGGAGGUGGUAUGGGCCUAUCAAUAGUUGCAGCUAAGGGUGCUGGUCAAGAAAGAUUGGGUAUUUACAUUAAAUCUGUGGUUCCUGGAGGCGCAGCUGAUAGAGAUGGGAGAUUAGCUGCUGGAGACCAGUUGUUGUCCGUCGAUGGACAGUCUUUGUUGGGUAUCACUCAAGAAAAAGCUGCCGAGUUCUUAGUUAGAACGGGCAGUAUCGUCACUUUGGAGGUUGCAAAAGGAGGAGCUGUCCAUCACGGAUUAGCUACACUGUUACAGCAGCCUAGUCCCACUCCUCAUAGAGCAUCGGAUACAAACUACUACAAACAACACUUCGGUGGUUCCCAGGAGUCUUUGUUGAGUCUCAACAGCUAUAAGAUAUUUACACCCCCUGCAGUCAGGCCAAAGAACAACGUAUUUUUCAAUUCUGCAGAUAAUUUGUACAAAACUCGAAAAUGCAAACUGACAAUUCCACGUAUCGAGAUUGAAUGUGAACCUGUUUUCAGCGUCCAAGUCACCGAUUUCAGCGAACCCUGUCCCAAAAAUGUCACGCUCACUUAUGAUGAAUCUGGAACUAAUUUAGAAAUCAAUUUACCAAAUGAAAAUGAUAACAGUAAAUCUCGAAAAGAUAAAACUAGUGACUUUGUGCAGAAAAAGAGUUACUCGAUAGAGGUAAAUGAAAUUCCAAGUAUUACCAUCGAUUCUGUAAAUGAGACUGAUAAAUUUUUGAGCAUAAGAGCUAGGAAAAUCAAACAGCAACGUGCUCUAUCGAGCUCUCUUCAGGACGUAUCUAGUUCCACUUCCAGCAUUAGUAGUUGCGUCCAUGAGUCUCAUUUAGAUUUGAGCCAAAUAGAUGGUGAGUGUGCGUCUAUAUCAAAUAAAAAUUGGAAAUCGCCAGAUGAGCUUCGAUUUAGGGAGAUAACUGGCUCUGAUAAAUAUGAUUCUAAGGCUGUCAGUUUUCCUGAGCUCUCUAAGGUCAAAGGUAUGCCCAGUAGAAGCCAUAGCAUCAGUGAUGAACAUCUGAACGAUAAGUUAACUGAAUAUGAAAGAUUAGAAAUACUGAAACUACUUCAUGACUGGAGUCUGUAUGGAUCUGAUUCAAAGUGCGAUUUUAACAUUUCUCUUGAUAAAAAUAGAAGGUCAUCGGAAUUAGAUCCCUUAGAGAAAGAGGAUGUUGAAUGGUCAGCUAGAAGUUCGAAGGAUUUUAGUAUGAGUAGAACUAAAUAUAGUUCAGAACCAAAUUUAUCACCUGUUAAUUCUAAAAAAAAUAAAGAUGAAUUUAUAGUUAUCGCUAAAUAUAAUUCGGAAGGUAACUUGAACAGUAACAUUAACAAGGAUUUAUUACAUAAAUGUGAAUUCCGAAAUUGCAUAUUCAAUAUUGACACCAAUUUGGACGGUGGGACCAAAAAUCCAGAACUAAUGAAAGAAGACCAAAAGGUAGAUAAUAAUAUUAAUAAAACUGUGAAAAAAAAUAUGGAACAAUUUAAUGAGAAAGGAUGUCUUAGUAAUAUAACCAAUUUUCCUAGAAGAAUAAGCAAAAUUGACGAUUCAAGUAGGAGAAACAGUGAAAUAAUACAAACCAAAACAUUCAACAGUCAAUUGGUCAGAUGUGAUAGUUUAGAAAGAUUAACUCUCAUUCAAAAAAAUAUAAGAAACAAACAUGUCCCACAUAAAAAAUUUCCUGAUGCUUAUAUAGUUAAAAGAAAUAGUAUUAAAAGUAAUUCACCGAAAAACAAAAACAACGAAAAUCAGAACAAAUCGAAGAAAGCGAUGGUUCAACAGAAAAAAUAUUUGCCCAAAACGUGGAAAAGCUGUUCUGACAUAAAAACCAAGAAAACGAUAAGAAAAUGUUGCAAACUUGCUAAGAAAUCUUGUCCUAUGAUGAAGGGACAGACUGAAGAGCCACGGAAGGCGCAAAGUUGUGCUGAUUUUGAUCAGGACACUUUGGAGCACGCUGCUAGGUUAGCUGAAUUGAAGAGUUUGCGCAUUGGCGCUUUUGAUCGGCCUCGACGAAUGUCUGAGAGAGAUCUUCCUUCGAAGGUAGAUUCAGAGCGUACAAUUCCUUCUUCGAAGUCGGUGCCAGCUCUUCAUCACAUUUCACCAAAUUCUGAACAGAUUCGACCUAGCCACGAUGUUUUCAAUCCUGGAUAUAGUAGAACAUCUUCAAAUAAUAGUAUUAAUACGAAUAGUGUAGCUCAGAUUCCCCAAAAUGCACCCAUAAAUAGUUCAGCUCUAAGAAGCAGAUCUACGCACAAUUUGUUACAACAAGACAAUGGCUUCUAUCAGAACUUAAGUGUUUACAGGAAUAAAAUGCCAAAUCAAUUGGGAGACAGAACUUCUGCUUUGAGAAGCUCGCAAAACUCCCUACAAUCUAGUAAUAAUUCCCAAAGACCAGCUUCUGCAUAUUACCCACCACCAAACACAAAUUCUCAGAGUCGGAUGAAUUUACAUCAGUCAAUUCCAAAUCUGAAAAGUCCUCCUUCGAUGCACAGACUUCUACAAAGCGAAGAUACUAGAUCAGGCUCUUUUCCCAACGUUAACCAUCAACAAUUUCCUCCAACUUCGUAUCAAACUACGCAUAAUACAGUACCGAACUAUUCUCCAGGAAUCAAUCCAAGACACGAAGAAGUAAAUAGUAAAUAUUUCACGUAUGGAGGACAUCCUGGUCAAACCCAUGGAAACUCUCAUUUCAUGGGCAACGCUUUACAACAACCGUUAAAUAUUCAAGCUAACGGUCAUCGACACGAAGAGCGAUACUCAAAUAACGGAUCUGGGUUACUCAGAGAAGAUGUUUUCAGACAUUCGCAAGGUCUUCGUCACGAUGACAUGAUGAGAUAUCCAAGCGUAUCGAAUAUUCGGUUGUCCGAAUCCCAGAUGCAACAGAACAGGAUACAGGAAGAUUUCAACAGGUUGAACGAAUUGAGAGCUUCAAAGAGUGAAGAUAUGCUGAAACAACAUCACAUCAACAAUUCAUACCAUGGUGGUGAUAUUAUGAACUACUCCAAUAACAGCGGAAUGAAGAGCCAUGAGAGCAGUAUGAAAAUGGAUUCACCUCAAUUGAGACAAAGUACGGAUAUAUUGCAUCACAGAUUUAAUAACGAACAGAUGAACAACUUGAGGGGACAAGCGAAAUUGGCAGAAAUGGGAGAGGAAGUCAGAAGACGACAAAAUAGAGCUGUGCCGCCUUACACACAAGCGUCGCACUAUUCCAAUCAGUUUCACAAUCAGAGUGGCCCGUCAUACUCUAACUCUCCAAAUUACAAUGUGAGCAUGAUGCAUAACACUCAAAGUAUGCAGAAUCUCAACUUGAAUAGUUCAAAUUACCCCUUAAGUCCCACAUACGGCAAUCAAAGUGGAAACGUACCUUCUUCUCCUACUUCAUACAAAUCACCUCCUGUAUCUAAAAUCACUAAAAAGCAAGAAGAUGUACCUGAACCUCCCCCAACAAGUACGCAUCCACUUUAUUCUGCAAGUGCUCAAGAUCCUCCAAAGAUGUCGUUUUAUCCAACCAACCCUACAGGCACAACCACUAAAACUCCGAAAGAUCCCUGGGCGAGAGAAGAACAAGAACGACAGGCUGAGGCUCGUAGAGAGGCUGCUAGAAUUUGGCAAGAGCAACAAAUCAAAGAGCUACUUGCUCUUCCCCAUAGGAAUCCUCAACAAGAAGAACAACUAAGAGUGUUACAACUGGAAAGGGAAUUCCAACGAAGAGCUUUGGAAGCAGAACAAGAAGAUGAAGAUACUGAAAAGGAAAGUUUAUCGCCUCACAUGCCUCAACCUGUCCAAAGCCAGACACAGGUAACCACUAUACAAACUUCCACUGCUACAAGUCGAAUAGAGGCUCCGCCCACAUCGAUACUGAAGCCUGGAGGUGUCAGUAUGGGCCCUCCAUCUAGCGGCUCUGAGAAUAGCCAGAAUUCACCGACCGAAGCAGCUGCUCCUCCGCCGCCUGAAAGGGGUUCCAGCUUUGCUGUCAUGUCCAUGAGAGCCAAGGAAAACAUUAAACGUGUCUCUUUCAACGAUACGAGUCCUACCACUCCACAACCUCCAAAUACUCUUCAUUUCGACGAUUCCAUUAGAGAAGAUCCCAACAGCUUCAUUCGUCAAGCUGAAUCAAUGUUGGCAUCUCCCACCACACCGACAUCGCCUGGUGGCGUUCUUAACAACACACCUGGUGUUAUCGGUGCCCAAGAAGUGUACAAAGACCCUCGUGCCAAAAGGUUAGCGGAACAAGCGCAACAGAAGAAUGUUGCUUCGCCUGUCCCUGAAAAAUUAUCCUUCAAGGAAAAGAUGAAGAUGUUUGCUAUGGAAAGUGGUGAGAAUAGCUCGUUCAAAGAUAAAAGCAAGAUAAGUAAAGCUCAGAGAGAAAUAGACGGUCUAGGUACUAAUCAGAACCAAUCAGGAAUGGUACAUUGAUAAGUAGCUCACUGUCUAACUUUGGCCUUACGUAAACACUUAAUUCAAAAUUGAACCAUCAUAAUUCGUGAAUUUUUCCAACUCAAUCCCUAAAAAAAUGCUCUUUCAUUCUUCAUUUCUUAUAAUUUUGAACCUUAAUCUUAACAGUACCAUCCAGAAGGAGAGACCAAAUAUUUAUAAAACCAAGUUCCUGAAUUUAUAACUUUACAUGAAAUACUUGGACCAAGUUGAACCUUAUAUUUUGUCGAAUAUAUUCUUGGAACUAUAUAAUCCAAUUAUCUUUUGGCACCAUAUCCCUUUGAAUAAAAAAAAAGAUACUUCAAAAAUUUAUUGGUGCGGAAAAGUGUGAUAAGUUAGGUGCAUAUAAAAGUGGAUAAUAUGUAAUAUUAAUUCCUGCUGAAAUUCCCCUAUUGGAAAAAAUUAGAAAAAUUCUAAAAUCUUAUUUAAUAACCUCAAAAUUCUAAGGAUUUAAUAAAGUAUUUCCAUUCUAAGUGCCCCGGAACAAAUACUUGUAGAGAUAUAUUAUGUAAAUAAUUCAUCACAGAAUAUUCCUUGAAUACAUCUUGUUUUACAUAGAUCUUCUAAAUUUUUGAUGUUAAAUAAUAUUUACUGGCAAAUUUGCUGUAAAGGCUUUACUAAAUUGUAGUUCCCAUUGAUAAUUAUUGAUAUAUUUGUACCGUCCAAGUUGCAGCUUAUCAUUGUACAACGAGGCUAAUUUUAACUGAAUGAAUCUAGUUCAUAUUUUUUCAUUUCAAUUAUGUAGAGAAAAUUA